AUGGCAGACCCUCGCGAGACCUGGCAGAAGCUGCAGACCGCUAUCCAGCAGCAGGGACGGAGAGGGUUCGGUGCUGGCGGUCCGGCUGGCGGAAGAGCCGCUGGUGGUAUCGGAGCCUUGAUUGCGCUGGGACUUGGAGGCUACGUGCUCUCAAAUUCUCUGUUUAACGUUGACGGUGGUCACCGAGCAAUCAAAUACACAAGAAUAGGUGGUGUGAAGAAAGAGAUAUACAACGAAGGAACACAUUUCCAAAUCCCCUGGUUUGAGACUCCUAUAAUUUACGAUGUUCGAGCGAAACCGCGCAAUGUUGCGUCUCUCACAGGCACCAAGGAUCUGCAGAUGGUCAAUAUAACCUGCCGUGUGCUAUCACGACCGCGAGUCGAGGCUCUUCCACAGAUCUACCGUACCCUCGGAACUGACUUUGACGAGAGAGUUCUUCCAUCCAUUGUUAACGAGGUUUUGAAGAGUGUGGUGGCCCAAUUCAACGCUAGUCAGCUUAUCACACAGCGAGAGAGUGUUGCUCGUCUUGUACGAGAAAACUUGGCCAGACGUGCGGCACGCUUCAAUAUAAUGCUUGAUGACGUUUCUCUAACGCAUCUUGCCUUCUCUCCCGAGUUCACUGCUGCUGUUGAAGCCAAACAAGUUGCCCAACAGGAGGCCCAGAGAGCCGCCUUCAUUGUUGACAAGGCUCGCCAGGAGAAACAGGCCACCGUCGUCAGAGCACAGGGUGAGGCUCGAUCUGCCCAGCUUAUCGGAGAUGCCAUCAAGAAGAGCAAGAGUUAUGUUGAACUACGAAAGAUCGAGAACGCCAGAAAUAUUGCCCACAUCCUUCAGGAAGCUGGUGGAAAGAACAAGAUGUACCUUGAUUCCGAAGGUCUGGGCCUGAAUGUUACGGCUCACGGUGAUUCGUCUGAUUAA